AUGGCUGCGCCCAUGUGGAAAAGUGCCCUGGACGAUUAUGUGAAAACUGGAAUCGAUUCAUCGACUCCCAACAUUGUUAAAUUGCUCACAGAUGAUACCAUUUCUCUCUUGGAGCUGAUAGAAGGACUAGGAAAGUACUUAACCAGUGAGGAAACAUUUGAGCGAUGUAGAGUGGUGAAGCUUUUGGCUGAUGUCCUUCAUCUCAUUCCUACAGAUAAACUGACCUCAACAGAAAUUGAGCUGCUGGUAGCCUACCUUUGUGAUAGGCUGAAGGACCACCAUUCCAUCCAGCCUCCUACACUACAUGGAAUUCUGGCCCUGUGCCAUUCGAAAAAUGUACCAGGCGGAUGUCCUGAAAAGAUAUGUCGAUCCAUCUUUAGUGAGGUUCAGACGCAGACAUUGUCUCAGGGUGACAGACGAAAUGUGUAUAAUAUUUUCUCAAUCCUCCUCACCAUCAGUCUCCCAGAGCUCCAAAAGCUUGGUGGCGACUUUGUGCUGGGGUUUAUACAGGCCAUGGAUGCCGAAAAGGAUCCACGAAACCUGGUGUUAGCUUUCCGUUGUGCUACAACUAUCAUUCACAACUUCUCUUUGGGAGUAUUUGUGGAGGAGAUGUUUGAAGUGGUGUCCUGUUAUUUCCCAGUGGACUUUACUCCUCCCCCUGGUGACCCCCAUGGUAUUACUAAGGAUGACCUCAUAUUAGGUCUACGAAGUUGUCUGGCUGCUAGCAGACAAUUUGGUCAGUACUGCUGUCCACUACUGCUGGAGAAGCUAUCAUCUGAUGUGAUCAGUGCUAAAGUGGACUCACUUCAGACUCUGGAAGCAGCAGCUCAUGUGUAUGGGUCUAAAUGUUUACUGGAGUACAGGACAACGUUGUUUAAUUGUAUCAAGAGAGAGGUAUUUGGAUCAGGAAAUGAGGAGCUGGAGGCUGCAGCUCUUUCUGCUUUGACAGCCAUGACAACCACAUUCUCACAGGAUACUAUCCUCACAGAAAGUCAAACCUGUGCUGAGGAAUUUGUAACUGAGGUUUGGAAUGAAUGCAGUCGUUACUUUGGAGAUGAUAAUUUACGUCUAAUGGUUCCCACUUGUCGCCUGCUUUGUUCUGUGGCAGCAGGGUCAGAGGUUACUUGCUGUAAAGUCCUGUCUUUGGUGGUGACACGUCUGGUUCAGAUAUUCUACAGCCAUCCACUGGCAUCCGAGAGAAAAUCUGUGAUGGAGUCAAUGCACAGUUUCCUACGAGUCACUACUCAGUAUCACUCUGAUAAAGUUAAGAAAUCUCUGGGUGAAUUCCAGACCUCAGUUUAUGCAGUAGUAAUAUCAGCCAUAUCUGAGAGUAGUGUCCAGUUGAGAGUAGCUGCUGCCCAAUGCCUGGACACCUUUCUACAGUUGCCCUUGACCUUGGCAGCAAGUGACCGCCCUGUAAUGGCCAAAGUUCUGGUGGACAAGAUAUCAGAACCUAUGGAGGUUGAUGGUGUUAAUCCAGAACAGCAUCACAUGGUCUUCACAGCACUGGCUGCCAUCUCUGUGACAACAAAGAUCCUGUCACUGAUUGUUAAGGAGCUUGUUAUCUACCUGUCCUCCUUAGCUAAGAUGUCAGCUGUUGAGUCAGAUGUCCAAUCAGUGGCCAGUUGUUUAUCGGUCAUUUCCACAUCAUCUGUGUCACAACCAGACAUGUUGACCGUCCUGUAUAGCCACACCCUGCCAGAGCUCUUCAAUCUCUUUGUAUCUAUGGCAACAGAUACUAGUCAUCACAAUAGCUGUAUACACAGUGAAUGUGUCCUGCAGCAUCUUACCACCUUUAUAUGUCAGAUCAUUGUUCAUCUGGAUGAAAGGAGAUUGACAGAGUUGUAUGGACACCUCACACAAUGCUACCUACAUAACAAUACAACUUACCUUUCCUGUACGCCAUCCACACCUUUCCAGCCACUACAGGUUUCAUCACCAUGGCAACAGACUGAACUGAUAACCCUAGCAACCCCUGUGAUAUGUUCCUGUCCCAUUCAGGUGUUACAGUCUAGUCUGAGAGACUAUAGCCAGAGCUUGUUGUCUCUCUCCCUCCAAUCUAACCAUGAACUAACCAAAAGAGCUUCUGCCAAAUGUUUGGCUGGACUCAUCAACAGAUGGCCUUCGGAUGAAAGUCUACAAACAUUUUUACAGUCAACAUGUGACACAUUAAAAGCUAUUCUGAGUAAUGAUGCUGUGGAAGUUAACAAAAGAGCUGCAUUGAGUCAGAUGAUCUGGAUCACAAAGGCUCUUGUCAUGAGAGGCCAUAGUAAGGCCAAGGAACUUAUCACCAUGCUCACAAGUCUAUUUGACGACCAUCUUCUUGGAGAGCAGGCUGCAAAUGGAUUUGAGAUCAUUUUAGGGGACUUUUCAGAUGUCCUCUCUAAGCCACUUGGUGCUAACAUACGAAUGAUGUACAAACAGAGGGUAUUUGUGGAAAACCUCAGCAAGCUAAAGGACGGGUUCAACAGCUCUUCUUCAGCCACAAAAAAGAACUACUUGAUCUGUUUAUCAAACAUGCUGAAGAUACUCCCCAAACAAGUGCUGCUUAGUGAACUGCCGCCGUUAUUCCCCCUGAUGGUACACUCCUUGUUGUGUGAUGACCUUGACCUUCAAUUGUCCACCAUGACAAUAUUAUGUGACCUUACCCAGGAUGCACCUGAUGUGAUAUCUAAACAUGUGGAUAGCCUCGUACCACAGUUACUCCAGUUAUGUACACACCCGUCCUCAAUGAAAAUCCGUAUGAAGGCAUUGAGAUGUAUAAGUGUGAUGUCGGUCUUGCCUGCCCAUCUGUUAUUGCCCUAUAAACAAAGAGUUGUUCGGAGCCUGGAGCAGGUCCUUGAUGACAAGAAACGACUUGUCAGGAAGGAGGCAGUUACAGCUCGCACAGAAUGGUUCCUAAUAGGAACUCCUAGCUAGUGGUCAAGAUGUAGCUGUCACAGCAAGGAUCACUAACUAUCCUACGCAAACAGAAUCUCACACAGCCAUAUCUAAGUGAUGCACACUUCACUAUAGAAGGCAUUGCAGAUUUAAUCACUAGGAGAAUUGUAAAAUACAUCACAUUAAUGAGACAUGUGAUUGGUUACUAGUCAGCGGUAUCUGUAUGUGUUGUGUGUCUGUAAUCACCCAGUCCUGAAUGACGACCAAACACCACUGACCAUCACCAUAAUUAAAUCUGUUGAUGCUUUUUGACUACCAGACCAGUAUAUGAUAAUGAAGAUUUGUGUAUCUGAAACCUUCCAUAUGACUUUCCAACAAAAUACUAGUUACCAUUACUGUGUCUUAAUGAUCCUGUACGAUCGCUUUGCCAGUGUAAGAUAAUGAUGGUUUGUGCGUCUGACAAUAUUCAUUCCUGACUUUGAUCAAAUACUAGUUAUCACCACUGUGUCCAGUUAAUCCUGUAGGACCACCAUACCAGUGUGAGGUAAUUGGGAUAUAAACAAGAUAUGGUGGUAAUGUCAGCAUGGUGUCUCCACACUGGUAAUGUCAACAUGAUGUCUCAAUACUUCUCCAUACUGGUAAUGUCAGCAUGGUGUCUCCAUAUUGGUCAUGUCACUAUGGUGUCUCCACACUGGUAAUGUCAGCAUGGUGUCUUCAUACUGGUAAUGUCAGCAUGGUGUCUACAUUCUGGUAAUGUCAACAUGGUGUCUCCACACUGAUAAUGUCAGCAUGGUGUCUCCAUAUUGGUCGUGUCAGUAUUGUGUCUCCACACUAGUAAUGUCAGCAUGGUGUCUUCAUACUGGUAAUGUCAACAUGGUGUCUUCAUACUGGUAAUGUCAACAUGGUGUCUACAUACUGGUAAUGUCAUCAUGGUGUCGACAUACUGUUAAUGUCAACAUGGUGUCUCCACACUGAUAAUGUCAACAUGGUGUCUCCAUACAGCUAAUGUCAACAUGGUGUCUACAUACUGGUAAUGUCAGUAUGGUGUCUACAUACUGGUAAUGUCAGCAUGGUGUCUCCAUACUGGUAAUGUCAGCAUGGUGUCUCCAUGCUGGUAAUGUCAGUAUGGUGUCUACAUACUGUUAAUGUCAACAUGGUGUCUACAUACUGGUAAUGUCAGCAUGGUGUCUCCAUACUGGUAAUGUCAGUAUGGUGUCUACAUACUGUUAAUGUCAACAUGGUGUCUACAUACUGGUAAUGUCAGCAUGGUGUCUCCAUACUGGUAAUGUCAGUAUGGUGUCUACAUACUGUUAAUGUCAACAUGGUGUCUCCACACUGACUGGUAAUGUCAGCAUGGUGUUUCUGCUUUUAUAUCAAUGUCUGUCUGUCACUUUGUGAUUUCAACGCACCAAAAUUGAUUUAUUCCAUUGGUUGAUUAUGGCAAUUUAUUGACUUUGUUAUAUUCAGAUAAAUAGCUGUCUUUGUUUAUAGAAUCAGAUAAUACAUGAAUAUCUUAAGAGAAU